GCAGGUGUGUUUGUGGGCGGGGCCUGGCGGUGGGAGCGUGUCACAGGACCAGGCACGGCCCCAAACGGUGUCACAGGCUCGAUCUGCACUUUGUCCCCGCCAUCCUCUGGCCGCCAUGGCAGCCACCAGGAGUGUGAUGAGAGCGGUCCGAGUGUUUGAGUUCGGUGGCCCUGACGUGCUUAAACUCCAGUCAGAUGUGUCAGUUCCUGUUCCCAAAGAGCACCAGGUGCUAAUCAAAGUCCACGUGUGUGGGGUCAAUCCUGUAGAGACCUACAUUCGCUCUGGGACGCACGCCAGGAAACCGGCUCUGCCCUACACGCCUGGCUCGGACGUGGCUGGGGUGGUGGAGAGCGUUGGGGAGCACGUGACUGCCUUCAAGAAAGGUGACAGAGUUUUCACCCUUGAAACGCUUUCUGGAGGAUAUGCAGAGUAUGCAGUUGCUGCAGCCAACAGAGUCUUUCCUUUGCCAGACAAACUGGACUUCAGGCAGGGGGCAGCGAUUGGAGUGCCCUACUUCACUGCCUACAGGGCCCUGCUCCAGAAAGGCCGUGCCAGGGCAGGGGAGAGCGUGCUGGUCCAUGGUGCCAGUGGGGGGGUGGGACUAGCAGCAUGUCAGAUUGCCAGAGCUUAUGGUUUGAAGGUUUUGGGUACAGCAGGAACUGAGGAGGGCAUGAAUGUGAUCCUGAGGAACGGUGCUCACCAGGCCUUCAAUCACAGAGACCCCAAUUACACAGAGAGGAUUAAGGCCUGCACAGGGCCGGGGGGAGUCGAUAUCAUCAUAGAAAUGCUCUCCAAUGUCAACCUGGAUGCUGACCUGCAGCUGCUGUCCUGUGCAGGGAGGGUGAUGGUUGUGGGCUGCAGAGGACGCAUCGAGAUAAACCCAAGAGACACUAUGAGCAGGGAGUCCAGCAUUAUUGGAGUGGGCCUGUUCCUUGCAACUGAGGAGGAAAGGCGUGAAUGUGCCGCAGCAAUCCUCGGUGGUGUAGAGGCUGGCUGGCUGAAACCUGUGGUGGGCUUGGAAUACCCCCUGGAGAAAGUAGCCCAGGCUCAUGAAGACAUUAUUCACAGCAGUGGUGCCCGAGGGAAGAUGGUGCUCCUUGUAUAAAGGAGCAGCCUUUUCCAUUUGUUUUGUAGCUGUUCUAACUGCACCUUUGCUUACAUGGUUCACUAAUUCAUGUUAUAAACAUGCCUCUGAUCAUGUUUGACAGGAACUGAAAAUACUCACUUGGAUGAAUUAGUUAACUUUUUUUUUUUUUUGUAAUGAGCAGAGUUGCGUUUACUGUAAAAUAAUUUUGGUAGCUUUUUUGAUUAAUGUGAUAAAUUUUCUCUGCUGGUGUGCUUUGUGCUGCAGGGGAUGGUAGGGUUUGGUAUCAUGGUCCAUGUGAAGGCAGAGUGAGGCCACUGUAGGUAACACAGAAUGAAGCUGCUUUUUUACAGAUACACAGAAUUAAAUAGCUCACUAUGCAUGUUAAUUAGAACUGUAAAUUCUUUUAGCCACAAAAUUUGUACUCAGAU